AUGGUUACAAGUGAUCCAGAGUCCUCUCGUGGGACGACAGAGCAUUCUCCUUUGCUCGGAGAUCGACCCCCUCAGGUCCAGGGUGAGGGGUCCGAGUCCGGAGCGGAGCCGGAGCCGACGCCCGAGGAGAAGACGCCGAGGAGACGAUACGCUUGGCGCAUAUUCUGGAUUUUGUUAUUAUUGAUCGUGAUUGGGGUCUUUGUGAAGGGAUGGAUCGAUGCCGAUGAAACCGAUUUCGACCUGAAAGGCGCUCUCAAGCGCGCCCUCGGAGGAGGUCUCAGUGGCGCGGCGGCUAUGGUACUGCAGGUCUUGCUUCUCAUGCCACUGCGUACAAUCAUGAACUAUCAGUAUCGCCACGGCACAUCAUUCACUAUUGCCACGCGGACUCUUUAUGAGGAGGGAGGAAUUCGACGUUAUUAUCAAGGAAUCUCCCCUGCUCUUGUUCAAGGACCCGUCUCGAGAUUCGGAGACACGGCUGCCAACGCCGGCAUUCUUGCCCUGCUCCAAUCGAACCCAUACUUGAAAACCCUGCCAUCGCCCAUCAAGACAAUUUUUGCGUCUCUUUGCGCCGCGGCUUUCCGCAUGAUCCUCACCCCCAUCGACACACUUAAGACUACCCUCCAAGCACAAGGUGCCCGCGGAACAGCCCUCCUUAGACGACGCAUCAAGUCGAAUGGAAUUGGAAGUCUCUGGUGGGGUGCAUUUGCUACUGCGGCUGCCACAUUUGUUGGACAUUACCCUUGUCAACAGUACAACUUCCUAUCAGAGGUUAUCGCUGAGCCAGCGAAGCACCCGCUCUUUUGGUGGCUUCUACGACUAGCCUUUAUCGGGUUCUGUGCCUCAAUCGUCUCAGACUCCAUCUCGAACUCACUGAGAGUUGUCAAGACUUAUCGCCAAGUCAACGACACCAAGGUUUCAUAUGGUGAAGCUGCGCGCGCAGUCGUUGUUCAGGAUGGCAUCACAGGACUCUUUGGCCGGGGCCUCAAGACUCGCAUCUUGGCCAACGGCCUGCAGGGGAUUCUCUUUUCCAUCCUUUGGAAACUGUUCUUGGACCUGUGA